CGCCUCGACGGUCCGGUCCACUGACUCUGACUCCCGCCGCCUUUCCCUCCCAAUAAUAUUUAUCUCGCGCGAUUUCCAUCCGAUCCCACUGAUUCCGCGUCCCAAGCUCCCCUGCGCCUUCCUCGCACUUGGUGCACGCCGUAUUUUCUCCACAAUGGCUUCCCCGCCCCUCCUCGACGCCCUCGUCGUCCAGCCCGCCGCAAAGCACACCGCGACCGUCAUCUUCGUCCAUGGCUUGGGCGACUCCGGCCAUGGAUGGAGCCCCGUCGCAAACUCCUUCAAGACGGAUCCCGGCCUCCGCCAUGUUAAAUGGGUCUUGCCUCACUCACCUAGCAUCAAGGUCACCGCAAACAUGAACCUCGAAAUGCCCUCCUGGUUCGACAUCAUCGAGUUCGGCUUCAUGUCGGAGGAGGACGAGACGGGCAUGCUGCGGACCGUGCGCUCCAUCAACCAGCUCAUCACGGCCGAGAUCGACGCCGGCAUCCCCGCGGAGCGCAUCCUCCUCGGCGGCUUCAGCCAGGGCGCGGCGAUGAGCAUCCUCAUCGGCCUCACGAACGAGCGCAGGCUCGCCGGCGUCGUCGCGCUCAGCGGCUGGCUCCCGCUCCGGCACAAAUUCAAGUCGAUGGCGACGGAGCACGCGCGCGCGAUGCCGAUAUUCUGGGGCCACGGCACGCACGACCCACUCGUGAAGUACCAGUUCGGCGUGGACUCGGUCGAGUUCCUCAAGACGGACGUCGGGAUCGCGGCGACGACGCUCGCGGGCGCGGACGCGGCGGCGCUGCGCGGGAUCGCGUUCAACUCGUACAGCGGGCUCGGGCACUCUGCGAACGACAAGGAGCUGGCGGACCUGAAGGAGUGGCUGAAGAAGGUCGUGGCCGCCCCGUGAGAGGCGCGUGAGCGGGCGAGCAGCGGGCGGAUGAUGUGCUCGUGGUGGUGGUGAGGCAAAUCUGCGGAGGGUGGUGAGGGAUGGAGGGAUGUGAGUGCAUGUCGGACCCACAUUGGCUCCACUCCGUUGCCAUCAGUAGCCUGUGUCGCAGUUGCUGAUUCCAAACUUGUGGUAGGAUUCGUGUUCGUGCACGAUGUUAACGCAGCUCAACGCAAACGCACUUGUAUUCGGUAUCCAUUCACAAUCACUAUGUAAUCCAAUUCCUGGGUCUCUGG